CAUCCCAAGAUCUCAUAGCUGUUCUGCUCCUAUCCAUCCAUUUCUUCCCUGACCGAGAUUCUUUGCAAACUUGAAAUCUUAGCACCCUAACCUACAAAAGAAGUUCAGAAUAACAUGAUCAAGAUUCAAAGACUUGCCUUUGUUCACCCUGCAAAAAGAGUUCUUGAAAAAAGAAAAACCUGCGCAUUUCUGAUCGAUGGGGUGCUCGUCGUCGAAGAAGCUGGAGGAGGAGGCCGUCAGGGCGUGCCAUGAACGGAGGAGCUUCGUGAAGACGGCGAUCGCGCAGAGGAGCCUGCUGGCCUCCUCCCAUGUCGCCUACGCCCACUCCCUCCGCCGCGUCUCGCUCGCCCUCUUCUACUACCUCGCCGAGGACGAGCACCUCUACUUCCUGCAGCAGGAGGCGGCGUGCCGGCACCGGCCGUGCUCGCCGGAGAAGAAGGUUCUUGUCGUGAACUGUCUGAGGUCGGGGGGCGGCGCGCCGGUGCACCCGGUGGUGGAGGAGCAGUGGGUGGAUGAGGCCGCCGAGACCGCCACGGUGGAUGGGUUCUUCGGCGUGGACCCCGGCCAGUUCUUCUUCCACCCUUCUUCCUAUGCUCCGGCGAAUGCCAUGCCGGCUUCGCCGCUGCCGCCGCCGACGACGACAUGGGACUUCCCUUGGGACCCUUUCUCUUCUCUCCAUCCCGAUCACCAGCAAUACGUGAACUAUGGCGACGUCGACGAAGGGAGGAGAAGCGAUGGCGAAGAAGACGAGCAGAUGCUACCCGAGCUGGAAGAAGAAAGCGACGGCGACAGCGACAGCGACGAUGAAGAGGAAGAGGCGGAGGCUUCGCCGGCGGUGGAGCAGCAGCCGAGGGAGGAAGAGGAGAAGGCGGUGGAUCGUGUCAACAACGAGCUGAGGGUUCUCGCGAGCGCCGACGUCGAGCAGCAUAGCACGCCGGGGUUCACCGUGUACGUCGACCGGCCGCCGGCGAGCAUGGCGGAGGCCAUGAGGGACAUCCAGGGCCACUUCAUGAAGAUCGCCGACGUCGCCAACGACGUCUCCGUGCUCCUCGAGGUCGUCCCCUACCAGAGGAAAGUCCGACCAGCUGCUCACGGCGACGUCGACGGCGACGAGGAAGGCUGCGGCGGCGGCGAGGUCUCCCCGGAGGCAUUCCAGCUGUUCAAGAGCCACAAGGAGAGCCUUGAUAGGCUCUACGAGUGGGAGAAGAGGCUCUACGAGGAAGUCAGGGCAGGGGAGCGGGUGAGGCUGGCCUACGAGAAGAAGUGCGCGCUGCUGCGGAGCCAGGACGCCAAUGGCGCCGAGCCGUUCGCCAUCGAGAAGACGAGGGCCGCCAUGAGAGACCUCCGGACCAAGCUGGACAUCUCAAUCACCUCCGUCGACUCCGUCUCCAAGAGGAUCGCCGCCGUCCGCCGCGACGAGCUCCUCCCCCAGCUCACGCAGCUCAUCCGAGGGUACCACCACCACCACCGAUCUCGCAAGAACACCAGCGAUCGAUCUGGGCGUCUGAUGUGCUUGAUUUUGGAUAAAAAAAUGUUUAGGUUGGCAAGGAUGUGGAGGGUGAUCGCCGAUGCUCACCGGGCGAUGAAGCGCACGGCGGAUGAGGCGUGCGCGCUCCUGUCGUCGUCGGCGGCCGCGUCCGCGCGAGCGGCUGCCGGCGGCGAGGGAGGCAUCAGGGGCCCGCCGCCGCCACCGGGGCAGGCGCGCGCGGCGACUGCGGCGGGCGCGCUCGCGACGGAGCUCCGCGGGUGGCGCGCGGCGAUGGAGGCGUGGGCGGAGUCGCAGCGCUGGUACGCGGCGGCGCUCUGGGGCUGGGCCCGGAGCUGCGUCAAGGACGGCGAGCACAUGCCGCGCCUCCUCGUCGCCUGGGCCGGCGCCGUCGAGGCCGUCAGCGUCGAGGUGGCCACCAGGGACGUGGAGGCGGUGGCCGCCGAGGCGGCCGCCAUCGCCACAGCCGCGCGCCGGCGAGGCGGCGAGGAGGACUGGAACGAGGAGGAAGGCAAGAAGAGGAUCUGCCUCGGUCUAACGGCGGCGCUGGCGAGCACGGCGGAGGCCGGCUGCCUGGCCGCCGCCGCGUACGACGAGUUGGUGGUGGACAUGGAAGAGAGGGAACGCGCGAGGGAGAUGGCGGGAAGAGAAGAAGAGACCAUUCAAAACUGAACUUACCCAUCGUAUAAACUCGCCAUGGAUUCUUUGCAACCAUUUGGUCACUCACUUGAAUUCUCCAAGCUCUCACCAAUGGAUCAUGGAUUCAAAAUGCAAAAAACUGCAACCAGAUCAGAAAAAAAGUUGUAAAUUGCACAAC